UUGUUUGUCUUUUAUAACAUUGAAUCAUGUAUAUAUAUGUUUGUUCCUCCUUCCUGGUUUCUCCAUAGCAAAACCUGUUACUUACACACACCUACUCUGUUUUUUUAUUUCUCUGCUUCUCUACACGAAGAAACGAGUUACCAAGGAGUAGAGUGAUACGAAGUCGUUUUGUUCCACAAAAGUUUCUGUGAUGGCUAACGUUGUGGAGUUAAAAGUGAAUUUGCACUGCGACGAAUGCAUCAGGAAAAUACUUAAAGCCAUUAAGAAAAUAGAAGAUAUAGAGACGUACGAUGUGGACACACAGCUGAACAAAGUGAUAGUCAGUGGGAAUGUAACAGAGGAACAAGUCAUAAGGGUUCUUCAAAAGGUGAGGAAAUCUGCUGUUAAGUGGGAUGAAGGCAACCAAACACUCUUUACCAACUAGAGACUUUCGGUUUCCCUUUGGCAUAGUUUAGUUCUAUAUCUAUGUAUGUAUGUUCAAUUUUGGCCAUUAUUAGAUGCACUAGGGAAGUUCUGUUUCCCUUUGGCAUAGUUUAGAAAGAGAUGUACCAAGUAAGACCAACAUUAUCAAGAGUAUCUCAGAGCUAAGAUUUACAUAGGAAAGUAUCUUAUAUGUAAAUUUUAGUUCUAAGAUACAUUUGAUAAUGUUGUCCUAAGUAAUUUGUUUGAGGAUUGACUACAUAAACGUACGGUUUCCUA